ACCUUUAUAAAUAAUCCUCUGCCUGCAACAAAGAUCACAUUAUUAGUAGCUAUGGAGUCUUUUCUAUUCAUUUUUUGUGCAUUAUUUUUGUGCAGUCAUGUGAUUGGUGAAAUUAAAAAUAAAGAUUGGUGGAAAAAUACAGUGUUUUAUCAAAUUUACCCUUGGAGUUUUCAAGAUUCUGAUGAUAAUGGAAUUGGCGAUUUAAAAGGGAUUACAAAUAAAUUGCAACAUUUCGUCGAUUGUGGCAUAGGUGCAAUAUGGUUAUCUCCAAUAUAUCAAAGCCCUAUGGUUGAUUUUGGUUACGAUAUUUCUGAUUUUCGUGCAAUUGAUGAAAGAUUCGGUACUAUGACAGAUUUUACGGAUUUAACGGCAAAAGCAAAACAGCUAGGUUUAAAGGUUGUUCUUGAUUUGGUACCAAAUCAUACAUCUGAUAAACAUGAAUGGUUUCAAAAAAGCAUAGAAGGCGUAGAACCGUAUGAUAAAUAUUUCAUAUGGAAAGCAAACAGAACUGGAGAUUCACCGCCAAACAAUUGGAUAAGUGUAUUUAGUGGUCCUGCUUGGGACUAUAAUGAGAAACGAAAACUUUGGUACUUUCAUCAGUUCGAAUAUCGUCAACCUGAUUUGAAUUACGCUAAUCAAGACGUUAAAACGGAAAUGGAGAAUGUAAUUAAAUUUUGGUUGGGAAAAGGUGUCGAUGGAUUUCGAAUAGACGCUGUACCUCAUCUUUUCGAAGAUGACAAUCUUACAGAUGAACCUAAAUCAAAUGCACCCAAUUCAACAGAAAGGGAUUAUACCUAUUUGAAUCAUAUUUAUACCAAAGAUGAUCAACGUACUUAUGAAUUAGUACAAAGUUGGAGGGACAUUAUGGACGAAUGGGCGAAUACAAAUAAUGAAGACGAAAAGGUCAUGAUGACGGAAGCUUAUACAAGUUUAGAAAAUACAACCAAAUUUUAUGAAUACGGUUCUCAUAUUCCUUUUAAUUUUAAAUUUAUUACGGAUGUAUCAGUAAAAUCAAAACCAGAUGAAUUUAAGACUUUAAUUGAGACGUGGAUGAAACACACGCCUGAAAAUUAUGUCCCUAAUUGGGUUAUGGGCAACCAUGAUAGACCUCGAACAGAAACACGAUAUCCUGGUAGAGGUGAUCAAAUGACAAUGCUUGCUAUGAUUUUGCCAGGAGUGGCCGUAACAUAUUAUGGUGAAGAAAUAGGCAUGGUUGAUAAAACUGAUAUUUCUUGGGAAGAUACACAAGACCCUCAAGCAUGUAAUGCUGGAAAAGAUAAAUAUCAAUCUCGUUCUCGUGAUCCAAAUAGAACACCUUUUCAAUGGGAUAACUCAAAAAAUUCAGGUUUUACAAAUGGCACUCCAUGGCUCCCUGUCAAUAGUAACUAUAAUACUUUGAAUCUGGCAAACCAAAAACAAAUUGAUAAUUCUCAUUUUAAAAUGUAUCAAGCUUUAACCAGUUUACGAAAGACGUCUCCUGCUAUUAAAGAUGGUACUUUGAAAACAAUAACUGCAAAUAAUAAUCAAAUGUUGGUAAUUCUCCGAGAGCAUGAAAAUGAAACGAUAUCAUUAUUAAUAAACUUUUCUGAUGAGGAUAGCCAAAGUAUUAAUUUGAAUUCACAUCUGACAAAUGCUGAUAAAAUGACUACUGUUGUGCAACUCGCAGGAUCAAAUUUACCAAAUAUUAAAUGGGGAGAAGUGAUUGAUACGUCAAAUGUAAAAGUGCCAGCAAGCUCAUCUUUAGUCUUAGUAUCUAAACCAAAAGAUAAUUCAGAUAAUGCAGGAACAUCACAAAAGCCGUUAUUCAAAUUUCUAUUAAUAGUAUUUGCAAUUUUAACUUAUUAUCAAUUUUAGGACAAAUUUAGACUAUUAAAAGCAAAUAAAAAAAAUUGUCGUAUUUGUUAUUAUAAGCUUUUAAUAAUUUAUUCAGUUUGUUUCAUACAUAAUUUAGUUUAUAGUUUUAAGAAAAUGUUCUGUAGAACAAUAAAUAUUAAGAAUUUUGUUUAUUUCUUAAAUAAAAGAAAUGUGUCCUUAAAA